UACACGAGGAGCGUUGGAUGUAAGAGCUCAAACCAAACGCCUGCAAAGUCUUCGCCUGGAGCAAAUUUGCAUUCUGAUCAAGAAAUGUCUUCGAAUGUGGGAGGCGCUGGCAAACAUCCUAGUUUAUGAGCUGCCCGUCAGCUGAAUGUGAAGCAGCGCAUCGUUGCUAUAGAAGGGGUAGGCGCGCAGAGAGGAGAAAAAGAAAGACCGGAGAAGCCGCAUGUAAACGCACUGGAAGCCAUUCAGAGACGGAGAGAGAAACAAAGGGAAGAAAACAGAUUGUUGGUGGAAAUGUGUUCCGUCUGGUGACACUUGCAGGGGCUGCUCCAGUGGAUAAGGAAGUCAGGGGAAACUUUGGUUCUGUACUGGAUUUUAUUGUUUUCUGGUCCUUCUGUCAGGCUGAGGAGCGUUUUGUGGAGCCAAGAUGAACCAAACUGCAUCGGUGGCGCAUCAGAUAGACUCUCAGCCCCUAAGAGACAGCAAGGAGUUUGUGGACGUCAGCCCCCCACAGAGGAACUGGAAGGGCAUCGCCAUCUCUCUCCUGGUUAUAGUGGUGGUCUGCUCGCUCAUCACCUUGUCCGUAGUCGUCCUCACACCCACUGAGCCUCCAGAAAGCAGCAAGUCCAAGCUGACCGUGGCGGAUCUGUUCAAACCUGAGUUCCAGAUUCACGACCCAGAAGCCAGGUGGAUCAGUGAUUCAGAGGUGGUGUACAGAAACAGAGACGGUGAUGUCAUCAGGUUCAACUUCGCCCUGAACGAGACAGAGGUCAUCUUGAAGAACACCACGUUUGUGUCUUUCAAGGUGGCAAAAUAUUCACUCUCUCCAGAUCUGAAGUAUGCACUCUUCGCAUACGAUGUCAAACAGGUGUACAGACACUCGUACACGGCAUCGUACAUUGUGUACAACAUCAACACGAGGGAGGUAUGGGAGCUGAACCCACCUGAGGUUCAAAACUCUGUUCUCCAGCAUGCAGCCUGGGGAAGGCAGGGACGGCAGCUGAUCUACAUAUUUGAGAACAACAUCUACUAUCAGUCGGAUGUGAAGAGCAGCUCUCUGAGAAUCACCUCCUCUGGGAUGGAGGGCGCCAUCUUCAACGGGAUAGCUGACUGGCUGUAUGAAGAGGAGAUACUCCACUCACAUCUGGCUCACUGGUGGUCGCCUGACGGAGAGCGGCUGGCCUUCCUGAGGAUCGACAACACCCUGGUGCCUAACAUGGCUCUGCCACAGUUCACUGGCAGCACUUACCCCCGAGGAAUCCAGUACCCCUACCCAAUGGCCGGUCAGAGGAACCCAACUGUCAAGCUGUUUGUUGUCAACCUGUUUGGCAUUACGAACACUCAGGAGCUCCAUCCCCCAGAUCAGCUCAGACUCAGAGAGUUCUACAUUACCAUGGUGAAGUGGAUAAACCACACACGCCUUGCUGUGCGGUGGGUCAACCGUCCCCAGAACGCCUCCCUUCUGACGGUCUGUGAAGCAACAACUGGAGUCUGUCACCAGAGACAUGAAGAGUCCUCAGACACAUGGCUCACCAGGCAGAGUCAGGAGCCGCUGUUCUCAGAGGACCUGAGCAGGAUUUUCCUCAUAAUGCCUGUCAGACACGGAGGUCACAGAGACUUCCACCACGUCGCCAUGUUCUCUAAAAAGUCGAGAAGUGACCCAGUUGAAGUUCGCCACUUAACAUCUGGAAACUGGGAGGUGAUCAGAAUCGUAGCUUACGACGAAAGCAAAAACCUCAUAUACUUUCUGAGCUCUGAGAAGGCGCCACAACAGAGACAUUUAUACAGUUUGUCGACCAAUGGCUCAUUUUCAAAGGAAUGCCUCACCUGUGACAUGAAGAAAGACUGCUUGUUCUUCGACACCGACAUCAGUCCAAACGCACAGAACGCCAUCCUGUACUGUCAAGGUCCUGGUAUUCCAGCUGUGCUGCUUCUCAGUUUCAGCAACAUGGACUCAUACUUCAUCCUGGAGAGCAACGUUCCUCUACGAUCUGCGCUGGACGCCAGAAGGACGUCUAAGACGGAUUUCCUGAAUGUCACUCAGGACAAUUUUGAGCUGCCUCUGAAGCUCAUUUAUCCUCCUGACUUCUCAGACUCCUACCUCUACGGCCUUCUCCUCGUCAUAGGCAGCGCUCCAGGAGAACAGGCGGUGACGGAGAAAUUCGGGUUGAAUUGGGACUUGGUGCUUGCCGUAUCAGAGCAGAUCAUAGUGGCUCAGCUCGACGGCAGAGGACCUGGAUUUGGUGGUCAAAGGUUGCCUGAGCAGGUUUACCACAGACUUAAGACGUUGGAUGUCGAGGACCAGAUAGCGGCUCUGGAAUUCCUGGUGAAGCUGCCAUAUGUUGAUCGGACUCGUAUUGGAGUUUAUGGACAGGGUUAUGGGGGUUACAUCACUCUGAUGAUGCUGGAUUCAGGAAGGUUGAUAAGAUGUGCAGCUGCUCAGGCUCCCAUCAUUGACUGGACCAUGUAUGCCUCAGCCUUCUCAGAGAGAUACUUCGGCUUGCCUUCAACAGAGGACAGCAGAUACCAUGCAUCCAAAGUGCUGCCCGGCAUGAAAGGUCUUGAGGGAGGAACUCUGUUUCUGGCCCACGGCACUGCUGACGCGAACGUUCACUUCCAACACUCGGCCGAACUCAUUAAACAUUUAAUAAAGAUCGGAGCCAACUACACUAUGCAGAUCUACCCGGACGAAGGCCAUUUCCUGUCGACACGCAGCCGGAUUCAGCUGACUCACUCUCUAAUUGGAUAUUUCAGGGGCUGCUUGCUUGACACGUCACUAUUGCUUGAACAGCGGGACGACGAGUGAAAGGAGGACGGGGUUUAUUAACAUGUGCGGAAGACCAAAUGUGUCUGUUCUAAGCCAGUAGCGCCACGUUUGAUGGACAAAAUCAGUUUCUGUGUGAUAUAUCAGACAUAUCCAAUAUGCUCUCACAGUCCAGCAGCUGUACAUUCAGUGUUGUUAGCCAGACUGUUGUUAUCAACCCGACUGGGAAUUUUAAGGCCGAAGUUGCUCUAAUACAACAAAAACAUUGUCCCCUUCAAGAUAAUUCAUCAAUUUAGUAAGAUUUUUCUGAUUUAUUUAGUUUAAAAAUCCAAUACCAAAGUAUUUUUUACAGUAGAAUAAACAGAAAUAAGUGUCUUCAGGUCCUUUUUCAAAGAAGAGGAACCAAAAGACUAAAAUUGGAAUGAAAUGUUAAUCGACUAAUCUUCUGAAAGUACAAGAAUCAGGCCUUUUUCUCUUGAGGUCACUUCCUUACGUUUCCUCACGGGGGCGCUGUACACAUGAUUGAAGACAACUUCAGAAGCAGAAGAAGAGUAAGAUGACCAAAACUUUGAAAAAACAAAGAAAAAACAGAAAUCUCUGUAAACUUUUGGAUUGCCUUGACACUUUUUAUUAGCAUUUUGGAUUUUUUUUUAAUUUUUAAACAUAAAUGAUAUAUAAGUUUAGGAUUGUUUUGCGUUUAUUUAUGGUCACAGAGUAGCUAUGCUGAGAUAGUAUUUGUACGGUGGAGCAUCAUUGGGUGUUGUAUUUUAGCGUCAAGUUCACUCAAAAUUUGCUGAAUUUAAAUACAUGAAACUGGCUGUUAUAUGAUUUUUAAAAACAGGUUUUUGUGGUUUGAUGAUUUUCUUUAACAUCCACAAAUUAAGAUGGAAACAAAUUUGAACUAUAUAACGCUUAUGAAGAAAUAUGUUUUCACUGAAAUAGGACAUUACACCUUUGCACUUCACAAUACUUUUUUGUUUUUAUCCCAAAGUGAAAUUAAAUUCGUAACUCAUAUUAGUAGCUUUAAACAAUCAUUGUGAAUUGUCGGCCGAAAACUCCUCUGAUAGCAGUCAGUCUUGCAUCAAAUCUGGAGAAGCCUCUGACUAAAGACUACUGCUGUAUGACAUGCUAUUUCUAGAAUACGUUUUCUGUGUUCAGUUUUGCUAAACCAUUGACAUUCCAAUCCAAUUCUUUACAAUUACAAUUACAUAUCUUUACUUUUCAAAUGUAUAAUUUAAAAAUCUAUUGUCUGAAAAAGAAACACAGUUGCAAUUAGUCCAAUGUUCAUUUCUACGACGCAGAAUUCCCUCUAAAAUUUAGGAACACAAUUCAAUGAUCAUUUUAAACCACUAUAAUCAAUUUCAGGAAUGUUUGAGAACAGGUUCUGUCAUUUUUAUUGUUCUUAUGGAUCAGCAGACAUUUGAAAACUAAAUUGUCAUGGCAGUAUUUUUUUUUCUACAGACAUUUAAAUAUUUUUUGUAAUGCAAAAUACUGAGUACAUAAGAUUUUAAUCUAGUUAUAUUUAACCCUACAAGAAAAAAUGCUAUACUACAAACACCGUCCACCUCAAAAACAUUCAGUUUCCAACAAAAAGUACAAAACAUUUAAAGCAUUACUCUAAUGUCAGUUUGGACCCGCUUUACAUUUUAAUCUUAUAUUUUUUUAAAACGCGUUUUAAACCUGGCUCACGGGUGGAAAGUUUCAUUCUUAUUUUUUUUACAUUAUUUUUAUUAUUACAUUAUUGUGGGGCAUCUCAGCCAGCUUGUACACAGCAUCAGCGCUAACUAAAUGUGUAAUCUUUGAGGUUAAUGUGUGUUUUCUUAACAGUCUUCUAGGUGUUUGUACAGAUUUAUUACUUCUAAGAAUAGAUAUUUAUUGUCACACCAGUUUUGUGGUGUUUUCGUUUGAGUCCAGGUGACAAUCUUACAUAUUUUGCUGUAAAACUCAACGUUUUUUUUAUAGUUCGUGUAAGCUCUUUUGUUAUUAUCAAGUCCCCCGAUGUCCCCUUAAUUACUCCAACGUCAAAACUCAAGCAGUGUUUUGCUUGUGAACCUAAUUUCCUGUUCGUGCGGUGAACAUUUCCAGCAGAGUUGGCGCACUUCCUCGAGGGCUCCGUCCUUUUCCUAGUUAAAGCGCAAGCCCACGAAGCUCUGCAAUUAAAAGCAACGCGAGUGUCCACAGCAGCAGAGUGAACCGCUCUGUGCCAUCGUGGUUAAGAGAGCAAGCCGCACAAUUACCGACCGCCUCACAGGAGAGCCACUGAUCACAGGAUGAGUGUCCUCGACGACGUCCUCUCUGCGUGCGGAGCUUCAUUUCCAUAUGAAAAACACCAGGAAGUAAACAACCAUGCUGCAGUUACAGCCAUGACUGGAGCGGAGGCGAGGGUCCUGACCAGUUACAUGUGGACACUCAAAAUUUUUUUUUUUUUUUCCCAUUUUGAAAUGGCUGAUUCACACCCACAUAGGCAAAUCUGUAUGCCUACAUAUGGGGGCGAGGGGUGAGAAGCACCCUUCUUUGGAAAUAUUAAGUCUGGAAACUGCUGUAGGCUUUGGAUGAAUAAGAUUGUUUGUUUUUUUAUUUUGUCUUGCUGUUUAUUAAAGAUUGACGAAAGUUUCA